GACACUUAUCUCAAGAGCCGCAGUGGCACUGCGCUCUUCACCGUGCGGAGCAAUAACUGGAACGAGAAGCUCGGGUAUAUCGGCGCGGAGGAAGUGGCCGUGGUGGCAGGCAAGGGCUCCGGACCCCUUCGACCAGUUACCCUUCGUACAGCACUUCAAGAGCUUGGGUCGUACGGAAAGUACGCUGGCCUCCCCGGUGAUGCCGACCUGUCCGAUGCAGUGCUGGACGCAAAGUGCUCCAUCCGCUUCCAGACGACGUUCCUCCCCGUGGAUUCCGGCAGCAGUCGCGGAGCCCUGGAGUUCGCCAGUGAGGCGUACAACUACAAUACCACGGAGGAUUACCCCAGGAACCUCCUACUUCUCUGCACGAGCCAAGGAAUGGCGGUACAGCAGGAUGGGCGUGGCAAGAAGCGCCUGUACCACCACAGCACGGAUGGACAGGGCAAGAUCCAUCGCUACUGGCUGGAGGCGGAGGAGAGCCGCCACCGCGUGGGCGGGCCACAGGAGGAGACCGCCGAGGAGCGUGCUGAGGCACUCCAGAGAGGCAAGGCCACUUCCAGCGUGAUCGGUAUCACGGCCAUGGGUCAGCGCUUCAACGUCUUGAUGACCAUCCAGGUUCCAUUGAAGCAGCGCGCUCGCACCUCGCCCACCCUCGGGGGCUUGCCAGCGUGCAUCCAAAGCUGGCAGUCUUCGGCCUCGAAGUACAUGACCGACCUUGCCAGCAAGAGCUGCCUGAGCACGGUCACCUACGGCGCAGGAGGGGAAAUUAUUGUGACGACCACCAGCUGCUACGCGCAGGAGGACACGCUUCAGGCUCUGAAAACGGCGGAGUCGAUGCCCCGCUCGGCAUUCGGGAAGGGAUGCCUCAAAAGCAUGGCCUGGGACGACCGCAGCAGGGGCAAGGGGAGCGACCGGGAUCGGAGCCGCAGCAGGGGGAGGACAGGUCGAAGUAGCGCCGCCCGGGUCUCCCGUGGCUCAGAGUUCGAUGUGUGGCCCGGACUGUCAGUCAAGGAGCCGAAACGCCAUGAGUCAGAGCACGUCACCAUCACGGUGGUAGUUUACAACGUCGUGAAAAGGGGCGUGCCAAGCACAGAGGAUGUCAUCAAUGCGAUCGAUGAUCUGGAAAAGCUUUACAGUGCCUGCUCCGGCAGCGCACGACUUGCUGACAGCUCCUUUGAUUUCAUGAAGCAGGAGUUGCAGGUCAAGGACAUCCUUGACAUUUCCGGUAAAGUCCAGUUUCAACCUCCUACCAAGGAGGUCGAAGGCCACGACGUUUUUCCCGUAGCUUGA